CAGCCGUCGCUUCUAUUUCCGGAUGUGACGUCAAGUCAAAACAACAAUGAGACAUUUCUAUUGGCUCAUUCAGGAAAGUGACGAGCGGUCUUUUGUAUGACCGAUGAACCGCAGGAGAGCCCCUCGUCGCAUCUCUCACUCUCAGAGGAGGGAUGCACCGGCAGGAGGAGGAGGAGGAGGAUGGAGAACUAGGACUGAAGAACAGUGGCGAGGCCCAGGCAAAUCACAGGUCAUAGAGGGGGACACCGAUGAGAGACAUGGGGACGAAGCCGUGCCCAGGGGGACCUGCCAGACCAUGUGCCCUGCCCGUGAGCUGCGGGACCGCCAGCUGCAGAGCCGCCUCCACCGCUUCGAGGUGUCGGCGGGCACGGAGGGAGAUCGGCGGCCCAAGGGAGACCCCCUGCGCGUGGUCAAAGAGUACUCCAGACCAGCAGCCGGGAAAGACUUGACGAACCCCGCGGAUCUCCGGCCAGCUGCGGUGCUGCUGAAAACUGUGUGUUACCUCGUUGACGACAUCGUCGCCUCACCUCACCUGCAUCCUUGGACAGAGGCUUACAGCUUCGCCUUUGACCGUCUGCGCGGCGUGAAACAGGACAUGAUCAUCCAGAGGGUGUCGGGUUCGACCUGCGUGGCCAUUCUGGAGCGGACGGUGCGUUUCCUCAUCUACGCCUCGUACCGCCUUUGCGGGGAGCCCCUGCGCCUCUACGACCCGCGCAUUAACGACACACACCUGCAGGAGAAUCUGAGCUGGCUGUUGGAUUGCUACGGCGCCGGAGCAGGACCGCAUGCCAACCAGGACGAGUUGCAAGCUCUUGGUCUGCUGUACAACUUGGGUUCGGCUCGUGCCACGCAGCACGUCAUGGGGCUGCCCAGCCGGCUCCGCAGCUCUCCCGCCAUCACCCUCGCUCUUUCCAUCAACCGAGCUUUUCUGGAGCGAAACCCCGUGCGGUUGCUCCGGUUGGCUCGGCGGUUGAACUUCCUGCAGAGCUGCGCCCUGCACCGCCACUUGGUGACGUGCGGCCGGGAUCUGCUGCUAAUCUACAGCCACGGCUUCAGCAGCCGCAACUGCCGCUUCCCUCUUGACGAAGUGGCUCAGCUGUUGUCUCUGGACGCGAGCCUCGCGGCGCGGCUUUGCCAAGCGCACGGAGUGGCGGUUAACCGGGACAACCAGCUGGUGUUCUCGAAGGCCGCGUUCACUGAGCCUGAACACGGGAAGCUGCACUGCAAACUGUAUCACGGCAUAGUGGCAGAGAGACAAAGGGGCCUCGGCGUUGGGAACCUCAUUCACGGAUCAGCUUGAGACAAAAAAAAAGAGUGAAUCGUUACUACAAGUAAAGGGAUGCUUGAUUGUUAUGCAUAGGACAUUUUCUCCUUGGCUCCUGUCCCGCGAUCAGUGACGUGCAGGGAUUUAACUGCACGUCACUGAAAACGGCAGUGUUUUCAUCUUUCUACUUCUGUGGUGAUUUUGAGCCGUGCAGCUACUUUCUAGGACGCGUGUGCAACAUUAGGUUCAGGGUUUUUGUUGACAUCAUCUGAGAAAAGCUCCGAAAUAAAAGGUCCCUCCCGGUGCUAGAGGCGCUUUUUUUUAAUUUUUCCAUCCUGAUCACACGCUUGGUUGCCUGACUUCCUUUAAAGAUGUGAAUUACUUUUAUAAUGUUACUCUAUAUUGUUGUAUCGGUUCAGUGUUAUGUUAAUGCCAUAUUGUUUUUGUUCAAAGUACCUCAGAAGCACUUAAAUAAAUGAUUGUUACCUAAAGG